AGUCAAUCAAUGAAAAAAUCAAACGAUCAAUCAGUCAAUCAAACAAUUAUGAGAAAAGAAGACUGUGUGCACCUCACCUCACUGCAGGUAAAACCCCCUUAGGGGGACUCCCAUAUAAAAAGGACGGAGUUGCUCGUCGUACCUUUUAGGGUUAAAAAAGCGGAUUUGGUACCUCUUAGGGGGGUGCCGCCUCAAAAGGAGCUUCUGCAGAACCUUUUAGGCCAAUGAGCCAAAAAAAAUAAUAACAGGAGAUAGUGUGUUGGUACCUCUUAGGGAUAAAAACAAUUUCAGCGGGAGUCCCCCUCCCCUCCCCCCGGGGUAAAAAUCAGCUAUCUGCUUGGGUACCUCGCAUUUUAAAACAAAAUGGCGGACACUAAAACCCGCACGCAAAAAACACGUUAAAAUUAUUUUGCAAAAUUUGCGAAUUUAUUGAGUUCUAUUGAAACUAUGCUGACUGCAUUGAGUCACAUCCAGCUGCUACGUUAUGUUGGCCCAGCUGCUGUUGUGUUGGGGGUAGCACCUCAGUAUCUUUUGACCUGGGUCGCAUGGCGACUUGCCUCUUUGCCAUUGCCUCGUCGAGUUUUCCAGCGCGGAGAUGAGUUCAUGUACGACAUGUAUCAAUCACUCGUCUGCUUCUUCUUUGAGACGUGCACUGGAGCGGAGGUCAUCUUUUAUGGUGAUCAAAUUCCAUGGGACAAACAGGAAAAUGUGAUUGUAAUAUGUAAUCACCAAAGUUCAGUGGACUGGAUUGUCUCAGAUUUCCUGGCCAUCAGACAGGGCUCACUGGGAAGACUUAGAUACAUUCUGAAGAAUGGACUGAAAUAUUUACCACUGUAUGGCUUUUACUUUGCCCAGCAUGCUUGUAUAUAUGUAAAAAGAAGUGGAGCAAAAGAUAAACAGUAUAUUGCAAGGAAACUUGCAGAAAUGAAGGCUCAGCAGAUGCCUAUGUGGUUGGUCAUUUUUCCUGAGGGCACACGAUACAAUGUAAACAACACAGCAGUGAUUGAAAAAAGUCAAGAAUUUGCAUCUGAAAAAGGUCUCCCAGUCUUGUCGCACGUGCUCACCCCGAGAACAAAAGCCACUGAAGCCAGCUUUGAGGUUUUGUCUUCUGACUAUUUGGAUGCAGUCUAUGACCUUACCAUUGCCUACAGCAAUGUGAGUGAGAGUCCUGUGCCUCGUAAACCAGCCCCAAGUAUGACAGAUUUCCUUGUUUCUCGUGGUCAGCAAGUCCAUGUGUACUGCCGUAGGCACGCGGCACAUGAUAUUCCUAAGGAUAAUGAAGGAAGAAAAGAUUGGAUUCAUGAAACCUUUGUGCAAAAAGACAGAAUUCUAAACAAGUUCUAUAAUGACGGUGGUAAAAUGCCUGGUGUGCCACGGAAAAGGAGGUUACCGUGGUCUAGAACUUUCCCCUACUUUGUGUUUUGGAUGGCAGCAUUACUUCCCUUUCUUGCGACUAAAUGGGGACGAUCAGCUUACUGGAAAAUGUGGCUUGUGUCAAGUUUUGGAACAGUGUCCUACAUGUUGUUGUUGUUUGGGAAAGUACAAGGGUGAUGAAUGGAGAUGGAAGAUGCAUUGUUAACAGGCGGGAUGAUACCAGAUACCAGAUUGUGAAUGAUUGCUAAUUAGAAUUCCUGUAAAUGGGACUCAUUUUACCUGUAAUUUGGUUAAGCCAGGCUUAAACAGAUUGUCGAAGUGUCCUAUUUGGUGCAAGUUUGCUUUAAGUAAAAUUCUCAACCCUUCCAUCACACAUAGCAGCACAUCAUGCCUCUCACUCACUUCUAGUCUCUGAUCAUAGCCACGAGUGUGUCGCACUGCACCUCAACCAUUUUCCGACAAUUGUGACUGCACCAGAAUGAACGUGGCGGGAUUCAAGCCAGUCUCACUUGCCUUGUUUAGUUGAAAUUCAUCAUUCUGUGGUCUACAUGUAUAAUGCACCUCAACUUGGUGAAAACAUGUUCUGCUCCGAUUGCUAAGUCACUGUUUCUGCAGUUUUUGCAGCCAGUAGUUUAACCUUUACAUUGAAAAAAUGGGUACAAACACCAUUCAAUAAGGAAAUUCCAUUUUCUGGUCUGGGAUAAACACUGAACUUACACUAAAAUUAUUUUUAAUUGCUCCCCUGCCGUUCCAAUAAUGUAUCAGUAGGCAGCCCCCUGAUUGCACACUUAAUUGAUGCCGUUGCCAUCCUCCUCAUACCAACUAUAAGAGCAGACCCAUAUUAUCCCUUGGUGACCUUUACCAACUCGAGAGUGUUUAAUUACUAUGUUUUAUUCUACAAUGCAAGAAAGUAAUAUGUUCAAAAUGUCUUUUGUACACAACUUAACACAAACAUGUUUAGUACUAAACUACUAGCUGGCAGCUAAUAAUGAUAUUACUAAUUUACAAUGACUGAAACUGUUUAUAGACACCAAACUUGUUAACUUUAUGAAACUUACAGGUAUACUCACAAAAAAAAGAAAAAUACAACUUGUAUUAUGAAUGCCAAUAAGCAGUGGCCAAGGAAAACUAUUCCGUCCAUUUCGCACCAACAAAAUCACGCUGGGAAAUAUUUUCCUCCUUUGUAUGGAUUUAGUAUUGCACGUGAAAUGUUGCCAAAAGGGGUGCAAGACAUCUGUAGUACACAUGAAAAAAUAACAUAAAUAAGAAUAGGAACCCAGAAAAUAUAUUUGACAUCUCUGGUCAGUUUCCUCUGCACAAAAAAAAAAAAACAAUAUUUAAUGAAAUAGGGGUCUCCUUGCAGGGUCUCCAAGGAAGAGGCCUGAGAGUACUUCAAAAGGUGAAUACAGAUAACUGAUGUAAAUUAUUCUUAUGAAGUUGCUUUCCAGCACGAGAGUCAAGCCUGUAAAAUGGGCAAGCAAAGAGCAGGGUUUUUUGUCCACAAAUAGGUAAAGAGAAACAAUUAGGUUGCUCACUCAUCAUGCUUUGCACUAUGCUCAGCUAAGUUACCCUUUUUCCUCCAAUUUGUUAGUCAGACCCUCUGUGGUAAAUGUAGAAUAAAGCAAUGCAAGAUUAACCAUAAGAUCUCCAACGGGAACUUACUGUGCUUACUGGAUAAGUCUGAGCUCUUCAAAGGAAAUGACAAUUAUUAGAGAUUGUGCACUAAUUAAAAGGAUGUCCAGUUAUGUUA